AUGGAACAGAUAUUUGCCCGGAUGCACGAACUCCUGGAGGACUCCUGUAACAUUGAAAACGCCCUCGUGUCAGCCCUGACGGAGAGCCAGGGAUCGGACCCACCGAACCACCUAUCCUCUCCCUCAUCCGCCGCCUCCUCCUCCUCCUCCUUGACUCUGCAUUUUGCCGCCUAUGUCUGCUUCUUCUACUACCACCUGGCCUGGGAUUAUGUGGGCACAGGAUUCCAGUUGGGUCUGUACUCCUGCCAC